CACCAAUAGUUUUGUGUAUGCGCUUGUAAAGCUAGCCAGUUGCUAAGAUUUUGAUGGGCAGGGCAAGUUUCAAACACGUUACCAACUACUAGGUAGUCGAAUUUCUGGUAAAUCAUUAAAUUUCUCACUGUCCGUUGGUUCUACCCAUGUGAAAUAGGUGAACUUAUGAUUUAAUAUUUGCAGUAGUGGGAUUAGGAAACCGUUUUCAAUGGGUCUCUUUCACCUUAUAGGUCAAAUCUCUGGGUUUUUUAAUUUAUUUAUCAUCAUUAUUAUUUCGUUAAUUUCUAGUCAUUCCUACUUCUUUCAAUUGUUCUGUUUAGUUAAGCAAUUGAAAUCAAUAUGCUGUUGUUUCAUAUUCUAGGGUGCUAGUAAGAUACUUGUUUGCAUAACACCUAAAUUGUUUUUUCCCCUAAAAUACCUCUCCCCUUCAAAGUUCAAUGGUGCAUACCUUUGCUGCAUUGAAAAUACUGAAUCUAUCCAUCAACUUAGCUGAUAUAGUGUUUAUUUUGGCUUUAUUUGAUUUUUGAUGUACUCGAGUGUUUUUUUUUUAUUUGCCUUAUGUAGAUAUGAAUAUACCAGACACUGAUGAAGAUCUUUUAGGCGUUAGUUCUGAAGAACUCGAUGAUAUACUGCGGAGUCGUGAUGCGAUGAUAGAUAAUCCAAUUAUUCCAGAACUUCCUCUGGAUGGAAGUAAGAAGUUGGAAAAAGCUUGGUCACCAAUCAAUCGACUAAAUUCAACUUCCGUCUACGAUCGCUUGCAUUUCGUAUUCUCAACAGAUCCGGUUUUAUAUGAUCAAGAAUUAAAUGCGCUGGGUAGAAGAGCACGAAAAAUUCCUGUAUAUAUUGGUUUUUCUAUUGGAUCAAUUACAGCUGUUAUGCGUACGAUUGUAUGCUAUCAUGAAUGUAUAAAUUCCAAUCAUUUGACUGUUUAUCGGUCACAAAUUACAGCUAAGCGUCGUGUUUACGAUCAAAGCUUUGUCAAAGGUUGCGUUUUUGGAUUAUCUGUCGGUUUCAGAGUGACUUUAUUCACAAGUGGAUGUUACACACUUCCGUUAAUCUUCACUGCUAUUCAGGGAAAAACAAGCUACUGGGAACACGCUGUUGCCUGGGGAAUUACGAGUUCAUUGUAUUGCUUUAAUCGUGGACUUAAACGAAUGCUUGUAGCAGGAGUAAUUGGUGCAGUACCCGGUUUAAUUUAUGGUUUGUCUUAUCUGUUUGCAGCUCGAGUGUCAGAUUUAACUUUUGAAAAACUACUAGCAAAACAAUUAGCUACCACUUAUAGGAGUCGAUUAUAACAUGUACAUUUCUAUCUGUUUAUUCUUUAUUUAUUUUUCACUUUAAUACAUCAUAGUUUUAUGGUAGUUUAAAAAUACGUUCUUGCCGUAUACAGUAACAUUCCUUCAUGUAGAUCAUUCACAGCAUUUCAUUCAGAAUGUUGAACAACUUUACCUGUAGACAUGUAAUGUAUAAUUUUAUCUUGAAUGAUUCUUUUUGCUACUAAAGGAUCAAACCAAAAAGCAUUCAAAGUUAUAAAUUCUCCCAGCACUACUGUUCUAAACUUUAUUCUAAAGUUGAUCGCUGAUAUCUUCAAUGUUUGACCCAUCUUUACACCUUAUCCUUUUAGCAAAAAGUGACUUAUUGUCUGAUGAGACGUUUCAUUUCAUAUAUAUCAUUUAGAUUUCCGA